AUGAAUCAGGUCACAAUUCAAUGGGACGUGGCAAUAGCUCUUUACAUAUUCUUCAAUUGGUGUCAUGGAGGAAUUACAAAUAUAAACUGCUCUGGACACAUCUGGGUAGAACCAGCCACAAUUUUUAAGAUGGGUAUGAAUAUCUCUAUAUAUUGCCAAGCAGCAAUUAAGAACUGCCAACCAAGGAAACUUUAUUUUUAUAAAAAUGGCAUCAAAGAAAGAUUUCAAAUCACAAGAAUUAAUAAAACAACGGCUCGCCUUUGGUAUAACAACUUUCAGGAGCCACAAGCCUUUAUGUACUGUACUGCUGAAUGUCCUGGAUAUUUUCAAGAGACACUGAUAUGUGGAAAAGACAUUUCUUCUGGAUAUCCACCAGAUGUCCCUGACAAAGUAACCUGUGUCAUUUAUGAAUAUUCAGGCAACAUGACUUGCACCUGGAACCCUGGGAAGCCCACCUACAUAGACACCAAGUAUGUGGUGUACGUGCAGAGUUUAGAGACAGAAGAAGAGCAAGAGUAUCUCACUUCAAGUUAUGUUAACAUCUCCACUGAUUCAUUGCAAGGUGGCAAGAAGUAUUUGGUUUGGGUCCAAGCUUCAAAUGUACUGGGCACGGAGAAGUCAAAACAAGUGCAAAUUCACCUGGACGAUAUAGUGAUACCUUCUGCAUCCAUUAUUUCCAGGGCUGAGGAUAUAAAUACUACAGUGCCCAAAACCAUAAUCCACUGGAAUAGUCAAACAUCAAUUGAAAAGGUUUCCUGUGAAAUGAGAUACAAGGCUACAACAAACCAAACUUGGAACGUUAAAGAAUUUGACACCAAUUUUACAUACGCGCAACAGUCAGAAUUCCACUUGCAGCCAAACACUGAGUACGUAUUUCAAGUAAGAUGUCAAGAAAAAGCUAAAAGGUACUGGCAGCCCUGGAGUUCACCCUUUUUUCAUAAAACUCCUGAAAUAGUUCCCCAGGUCACACUGAAAUCAUUUCAACAUGAUACUCAGAAUUCUGGGCUUCUAAUUGCUUCCAUCUUUGAAGGACACCUUACUUCUGACAAUAGGCAACAAGACAUUGGGCUUCUAUUAGGAAUGGUCUUCUUUGCCGUUAUUUUAUCAAUUCUUUCUUUGAUUGGGAUAUUGAACAGAUCGCUCAGAACUGGAAUUAAAAGAAGAAUCUUAUUGCUAAUACCGAAGUGGCUUUAUGAAGAUAUUCCUAAUAUAGAAAAUAGCAAUGUUGUGAAAAUGCUACAGGAAAAAAGUGAAUUUAUGAAUAGUAAUUCCAGAGAACAGGUCCUAUAUGUUGAUCCAGUGAUUACAGAGAUAGAAAUCUUUCUCCCAGAAGAAAAACCCAUGGACUACAAAAGGGAAAAGAACACAGGAUCCGUGGAGACAAACGACAGCCUGCAGAAGUCACUACUCACCAACACUACAAUUGUAUAUAUUCCUGAUCUCAACACUGGGUAUAAACCCCAGAUCUCAAAUUUUCUCACUGGGGGAAACCAUCUCAGCCAUAAUGAUGAAACAGCUUCCUCAACUCUGGGGCCACCAGCUGAUUGCUUAAACCUGGGAAAGAAUGCCAGGUUCAAAAAAUAUCCUAAUUUUUCUUUCUCUGUCUCAAGUAUGAAUUCGCUAAGCAACACACUAUUUCUUGAAGAAUUAAGCCUCAUUUUAAAUCAAGGAGAAUGCAGUCCUCCAGACAUGCAAAACCCUGUAGAAGGGGAAACCACCAUGCUUCUGGAAAAUGCAUCACCAAAUGAAACUAUUCCAGAACAGACCCUGCUGCCUGAUGAAUUCGUGACCUGUCUGGGGAGCAUGAACGAGGCGUUACCAUCUAUAAAUUCUUAUUUUCCACAAAAUAUUUUGGAAAGCCACUUCAAUAGGAUUUCACUCUUAGAAAAGUAG